AAUGGCGCUGUUACUUAGUAACCGGCAGGUUUUUGAGUGACCGGAAGGGAACCAGGUUUAUCAUCGCUUGUUUUUUUGCCGUGAAUUUAGAUUUGUCGGAUGUCAUGGCGGGAAACGCACAGGAAGUGCCGAAGGUUGAGCUGGAAGCCGUUAUCGGUUUCAACGGGCGUGUAUUCUCGGGACUGCGAGCUCAUCCCGACAGAGAACAUCUCAUCUACCCGCUGGGCUGCACGCUGAUCAUCAAACACCUGACCAGCGGCCGGCAGGGAUUCCUUCACGGACACACUAACAACAUUUCAUGCGUGGCCGUGUCCAAAAGUGGACAUUACGUCGGGUCUGGACAGGUUAACUACAUGGGUUUUAAGGCUGAUGUUAUAAUCUGGGAUUAUGCACGAAGGGAAAUCUACGCCCGCUUAAUCCUCCAUAAAGCAAAGGUGGAGGCACUGGCCUUCUCUCCAAAUGACAAGUACCUGGUGACCCUGGGUGGCCAGGAUGACGGCAGUAUAGUCGUGUGGAACAUUGAGAAGAAGGAGGCGAUCUGUGGAAGCCCCGCAUCUGCACACAGCGCCGGACACUGCCUUGCUGUGGGCUACACCAACCAUAGUGACCACGUCUUCGUCUCAGCUGGGAAUGGUACGCUCCGCGUGUGGGAGCUGGAUCUGCCCAACAGGAAGAUCCGACCCACGGAGUGCCAGACAGGACAGCUAAAGAGGGUCAUGAAGUGCAUAGAGAUCCCGGAGGACGAUGGUUUCUUCUACUGUGGGACCACCAGUGGAGACAUCCUGAAAGUGAACAUGAAGACCAGGCUUCUGACCUGCUGUGGGCCUGCCAAGCAGAAGUUCAGCCAGGGUGUGAACGCUCUCAAAAUGCUGAAGACGGGUGAUUUGUUGGUGGGUACAGGAGACGGCACCUUCAGCCUCUGCUCCGGGGCCAACUUCAAAACCAUCAGGCGGGUGGAGCUGGAGGGGGGUGUGACAUCGCUGGCUCUGCGGGGUGAGGGCCAGCAGGUGUUUGUCGGCACGGACGCUGCGCAGAUCUACCGCUUCGGCUACACCGACUUCAAACCAGAGCUCAUCGCCACCAACCACAGCAGCGCAGUGCAUGAUGUGGCCUUCCCUGCUGGAAGUUCGGAGCUGUUUGCCACCUGCUCUCAGGAUGACAUCCGGGUUUGGCACACUGAUUCCAGUAAGGAGCUGUUGAGAAUACGGGUUCCCAACAUGACGUGCAACGCCCUAGGCUUCACCUCGGACGGCAGGCACAUCUUCAGCGCCUGGAAUGAUGGGAAAAUCCGUGUGUUCACCCCCGAGAGCGGACGGCUGGCGUUGGUUAUCCACAAUGCCCACAGCAUGGGGGUGACGGCCAUCGCGGGCACCAGGGACAGCUCACGUCUUGUCAGCGGAGGGGGGGAAGGACAGGUUCGGCUCUGGGAGAUCUUGCACGGCUCCCACAAGCUGGUCACCAGUAUGAAGGAGCACAAAGCGUCUGUCAAUGCCAUCCAGAUCAAAAGCAACGACCAGGAGUGUGUGACCGCCAGCUCUGAUGGAGCCUGCAUAAUCUGGGACCUUGUGCGGUUUAUAAGGAAUCAGAUGGUUUUGGCUAACACGCUGUUCCGAACAGUGUGCUACCAUCCUGAAGAGUACCAGAUCAUCACCAGUGGCACAGACAGAAAGAUUGGCUACUGGGAGGUGUACGACGGUUCGGCCAUACGCGAACUGGAGGCGUCCCUGUCAGGGGCAGUUAACGCCAUGUGCCUCACCCAGGACGGGGGUCACUUUGUGAGCGGUGGAGACGACAAGCUCCUGAAGGUGUGGAGCUACUCCGACGGUGAGGUCACACACGUGGGCGUCGGCCACAGCGGCAACAUCACCAGCGUUCGGAUCUGCCCCAACGACAGGAACAUCGUGAGCACCAGCGAAGAUGGCGCUAUCCUGAGGUGGAGAUUCCCCCACCCCUCAUAGAGCUCCACCCGAACUCUCCCACCACCUGGCCUGUUUUGACCGCACCCCGGACUGGGCCACGGCCACACAAUUACAAACAAACAAAUUAUGGAUUAAAGCUGACAUUCUUUUGCUCACUGAAUGAUUUUUUUUUUUGCUUGAGAGAAUGAUAAAAAUAACAUUAUCUUCAGGUCUUACAAAAACAGAUAAAGAUACAGUACGAGACCCAAAUACUGAUUCUCAAAUCCUGCCAGACCGCUAGACUGCAUUUUUUAUUAAAUAACGAAUAAAUAUUUUAAAAAUGCAUCAUGAAAUCAA